GUUUGUAGAGUGCAGGGGAGGCAGCUGUGACGUUGCCUCUUUAUAGUCCGUGCAUAAAACAGACCUGAAAUGUGUGUUGGACACGGAAGAACGCGGAGUAUUUGUGAUUCUACAGGGAUAGAAAUAAGUGCCAAGUAUUCGACUUUUUACUGCUGGUCUCCUGUACAAAGAUUAGUAAUUUAUUAUAAUAUAUUUGAUUAUCUGCCUCUGAGACGGUGUUGCUUGUCAGGAGCCUUGCCAUUGCAAUUCCUUCUUUUGCAAACGCCUGAUCCAGCGCGUCUCCGCCAGCUGUUGCUGCCCUGCUACUGUAGAAUCAUUUGAACCAGGAGUGCAGACCUCCCUCAAAGCAAUGUCCAGCAACAUAACAGAAGCACCGGUGUGUUUGAAUUGGUGUGCCAAUUCCUCCAACACGACCUAUACCAAAAUAGAGCUCUCUGUUAUCAUCUCGAUCUUUUCAAUGACUGUGGGGAUCGUGUCUAACAGCCUGGCCCUGGCCAUCCUCAUGAAGGCCUACAGGCAUUUCAAGCUGAAGUCCAAAGCGUCUUUCCUGCUCUUCGCCAGUGGCUUGGUAAUCACAGACUUCCUAGGACAUCUCAUCAAUGGAUCAAUAGUGAUGCUGGUUUACUCCUUGCACAAAGACUGGGAUACGUUUGACCCCCAGAAAAUACUCUGUGGCUUUUUCGGGGCCUGCAUGGUGUUCUUCGGCCUGAGCCCCUUGUUGCUGGGCAGCGUGAUGGCAGUGGAGCGCUGCAUAGGGGUCACCAACCCAAUAUUCCAUUCCACCAAACUCACCUCCAGACACAUGAAGAAGCUGCUGGCUCUGGUCUGGCUAUUUGCCAUUUUUAUAGCUCUGCUGCCGAUCAUGGCAAAGAGGCCCUACGUAGUGCAGGAAUCCAAAAGCUGGUGCUUCUUCAAAAUAAAGAACAAGAGGGACUGGGUGGAUGUUUUCUUCCCGCUACUAUUUUCUACCCUGGGUUUGGCGUCCCUUUUCAUUUCCAUCCUGUGCAACACUGUCACAGGAGUCACCCUCAUCAGGUCCAAAAUGAGAAACGAAAAGCACAGGCAAGGCACGUCUCACCACUUCGAAAUGAUAUGCCAGCUGCUGGCUAUCAUGCUGGUCUCCUGUAUCUGCUGGGGUCCAUUUCUGGUCAUUGUUAAAAUUGGAAGCACUGAUUCUCAGAAUAACGUGAGCUGUGAAAGGAUGCUGCUUGCUGUGCGAAUGGCCACAUGGAAUCAGAUUUUAGACCCCUGGGUGUACAUUCUCCUCAGAAAGGCUGUGCUGAAAAAACUUUUCAUAAUAACCAGGCGCUGCUGCGGAUAUAAAAUCCUCAAUCUCUACAAAUGGAACUGCCGUUCUAUGAAAUGUUCCAUGAGAAUGACAUCCAUGUCAAGCCAGCCAGGCCUGGUCCCAGAAAGUUCUAUUAGAAGUGUCAUGCCUGAUACUGUUAUUAGUGGCACAGUGCCAUGUACUUGAAGUGAAGGAUGCUGAAGAAGACAAUACAACCAGAAUCAGCUGGGCUUCCUUCUGUGAAGUGCAGAGUUGAGUGAGAGCAGGUGCUGAAAAGGACACAUGUGCUCCUAGUUUUAUGUUAUGUUAGUAGAAUAUUUAUGGGACAGAUGUCUUGAUUUAUUAGUGCUGACCAAUAGCACGUCUAACACAAUAAUGCUUGAGCUUAUCAAUGCGAUUAUUCCAAGAGAUUUGUGCCAUAUGGUAACUACAGCUCAGUAAAUGUGGCCAUCUGCAACAGAAAUACUAUUUAGAAAGGAGAUAUGCACAGGAGUUGAAUCAUUUAGCAGAUGCUGUAUAUUAAAUGGUAGCAUAAUGUUUUUAGUAGAUUUACAGUUCAUUGCUAAUUUGGUGCAUGGCUUCCUUCAUUGGAAUCAGCUAUGCUUAUUGGAGUUUGGAUUAUGAAACUAGCAUCAAGAUAAUUUAGUCUAAGCAACUUCAGAUCAUACUUUGUUUUGAAACAAUGCUGUGGUAUAGACAGGUACUGUGAAUUAAGAGUCCAAACAGGUUGUACUGUACAUUGAUAUAGUGAUACAGAAUUUGCACUUAAGCAAUUUACAUCAAUGGUACUAAAGUUAUUGUAAAUACUGUAUUUACGGGCAAAGCCUGGAUUACAGAAAAGCCCAGGUUUUAUUUAGAAACACGCUAACAUUAUUUUAGUUAAUCACCGUUGACCUGGAGAGGUCUUUGGCUGAAACUUGAGCACACAUAUAAAUAACACCUCCUUUGUACUCUAUGCGUUCAGUUCCAUACAUUUCCCAUCAGAGUAAACUAGGCUAACUAGUAUUGCUCUGUGUACCAGUGUUGGAGGUGAAUGAAUAAAUAAGAAACACUUUAAAAACUUGGUUUCUUGUACUCAUGAAACUAACAUUCAUAAUAAAACAUCACCACAGUGUUACGUCUGGUUUACACUGCUGGAAAUAUAAAAUACACUGUACAAAGUAGUCUGCAGGUCAGUAGUAAUUAACCAAAUUACAGUGGUGCUGUGUGCAUCUAAACUAUGUCCUCAAUUGUAGCUUCUCAACUCAGCUCUUUUGGUUGACUUGUCUGUAACUAACAAACAAACAGACUUUUCAUCUGUGUUGGUAACAAUCUCAAACCACUGGUAAUUCGUACUGGUAUCCUAGGCUUACCAGGGUUAAAUAUGUACCAAUGUUUUUGUGAAACAUUCACCGGAUUUCGAUUUACCAGGGAAAUGAAGGCAAAUAGCAAAUGACAUCCAGAUCACUGAAUGUAAAUAAGGUGACAAAAUAACAAAGGCAAAAAAAACCACAUGCCUACAUUUGAAAACUGUGAAAAUAUAUGUUUAAAUAUCUGCUGUUUGUGAUACAGUUAAUGUUCUGUUUUGAAUAUUGUAUUGUUUGUAUAAUCUGUUAAAACUAUACUACUGGCAAUGUGCUUUAGCUUUGCUGUGGUACUUUGUGGUUUAAGUGUUUCAGGUUGAUUGUAGCUGGGGAGCUUUCCAAGGAUCUGUCUUGGACCUGGCAUCUGUCCCCACUGGAAAAUUGUACAAUAAAAAGAGUCCUGCCAAAUCAACAGAAUCCUAUCACUGGUUUGAGCCAAUUGCUUAAAAACAGGGUCUUCGUGUUUUAGAAAUCAUGUGGGUGGGCUUUCUCCCCACUCCCCUGAUCCCCAGCAGCAUUGAUGCAUUAGAAUAAGCAACUUAGUAUCAUACUUGUAUCAUACAUAUGCUGAAAUCUGACCUUUUCAGACCACAAGACUGAACCAACAGAACAAACAACAGGCAUUUUUCAACUCUCCUGGCAGUUAUCUGUAUAAAGUUCAAACUGCAGUCUGAAUUGUGCCAACGUUCAUGAUGUUACCACACCGAUUCAGAAUUUCCAUUGCUUAAACA